ACUUGUGCAGGUAUUUUCACCAAAGCGCGCUCACGUGUGCUAGAUCCGCGUUCACUCCUCGCCCGUUAGAGUGCGACGACUUGUGCAAAGACCCCGCAGGACCGCUUGCUGUUGCACAUUAUUCAUCUAAACACGGGCAAACUGCGCAACAACUGAAAGAUGUGGAAGUCAGUGGUGGGCCACAAUGUGAGCAUGAAGGUGGCUGGAGAGGGGGAUGACUGGGAGACGGACCCUGACUUUGAGAAUGACGUGUCAGAGCAGGAGCAGAGGUGGGGGGCCAAAACCAUCGAGGGCUCAGGACGUAAAGAACACAUCAGUGUUGCAGAGCUCAGAAGCAAGGUCACUGAGGAGCAUGAGAAGGUGAAGCAGAAGGAGAACAUUCCCAAAGCAUCGUACGGAUAUGGAGGGAAGUUUGGAGUGGAGACGGAUCGAAUGGACAAGGUGGCUGUGGGUAGCGACUAUGUAGCAGAGGUGGAGAAGCACUCUUCCCAGAAAGAUGCGGCGAAAGGGUUCGGAGGGAAAUAUGGUGUUCAGAAGGACCGCGUGGAUAAGUCUGCCGUCGGCUUUGAAUACAAAGGAGAAGUGCAGCAGCAUGGAUCUCAGAAAGAUUACUCAAAGGGAUUUGGAGGAAAGUACGGUGUCGAGAAAGACAAAGUGGACAAGGCGGCUUUGGGGUACGACUACAAGAGUCAGACUGAGAAGCAUCAGUCACAGAAAGACUACGCUAAGGGAUUUGGAGGGAAAUAUGGGGUGGAGAAGGAGAAGGUAGACAAAGCUGCUGUGGGGUAUGACUAUAAAGGAGAAACGGAGAAGCAUCAGUCGCAGAAAGAUUACUCAAAGGGAUUUGGAGGGAAAUUUGGUGUUGAGAAGGAGAAAGUCGACAAAGCUGCGUUGGGGUACGAUUACAAGGCUGAGACGGAGAAACAUCAGUCACAAAAAGAUUAUUCAGCAGGUUUCGGUGGCCGGUAUGGCGUACAGGCAGACCGCAUGGAUAAGAGUGCAGCAGGCUUCACAGACAUGGACUCCCCGACCUCUGCAUAUAAAAAGACACAGCCAGUAGAGGCUUCGAGUGCAGGUGCAGGAAAACUGAAAGCACGCUUUGAGAACAUGGCCAAGGCUUCCGAUGAGGAGAACAGGAAGAAAGCAGAAGAAGAGAGAGCGAGGAGGCAAGCCAGAGAGAGCCGAGAGCGAGAGGAGGCCAAACGCAGACAGCAGCAGGAGGAAGAAAGAAGAAGAGAGGAGGAAUCUCAAGUACCACCAGUUCAUCAUGUUGAUCCAGAGGACGAUAUGCCAACACCAGAAAUCCACCGUCGCACUCCAGAGAUUCCAGAGCCGGAGCCAGAACCAGAGCUGGAGCCAGAGCCAGAACCAGAACCAGAACCAGAACCAGAGCCGGAGGAGGAACCAGAAUACGAGGAGCCCCCGGCCUUGCCACCACGAUCGGACGAUUUUGAGGAACCGGGCGCCCCUCCUCUGCCUGAAAGGUCAAUAGAAGUGGAUGAUGAUGGUGGAGAGUAUGAAGACAUCGGUCAUCCCCCUCCUCCUCCUCCUCAGCGUAAAGCUGACGAUAACGACUAUGAAGACCUGACAUGUGGCCAGAAGGCAAUUGCAAUUUAUGACUAUCAGGGAGAGGCCGAUGACGAGAUCUCCUUCAAUCCAGACGACAUAAUCCACAACAUAGAGAUGAUUGAUGAGGGCUGGUGGAAGGGACAGUGUCACGGACGUACCGGUCUGUUCCCGGCUGCUUACGUUCAGCUGAUCGAGUGAGCAACACGCUCCCAAAGUCUAUUUUUGCACAAGCUUCACUUAAACAAACUUCAAUAUUGUUGAACAGAGGGAGGAAUUUGUAUUUAACAAUCAAAUCAGAGCAAAUUUUUUAAAUCAGUUGAUUUGUGUAAUAUUUCGCUUUGAAUGUGCCGACUGGAAAAGCAUCAGGCCAAUCCUGAUCAGAAGCAAACAUGUACACCUCUGCAAGGAACUGAGGGUAUAUGACCUUAUUCUUCAUUUCUUUCACUGGAUUUUUAUUUACCAAUGUAAUCACAGUCAUGACCUGAAAUGGCUCUGCUAUUCUAAUAAAAUCCUCCUGGCAACCUG